GAACGUGGCAUUACAGUCUACCACGUUUCCCAUGAUGCAGUGCAGUAAAGACCCGGCAGGGACAUUCAAAAGUAUGGCAGACGUUUCGAGUAUAUCUAAAGCAACAUCAAACUUAGAAGACAGGGCAAAUUGCUCUACUAUUAUCAGUGGAGAUAAUGAGGGAGUAAUGCGUCUCUCCCUUUCGCCAGAAGAGCGUAAUAGCACAUCGCAGGAACCGAAUAUGACCCGUGAAAUUUCAACGUUACAAAGUGUUUCCGAGGAUUCAAAUUCAUCCCCACCUUUUGUGGAAAUCGUCUCGCAACUUUCCCCACAGGCUGUGAAGUUGUAUUCAAAGUCAAAAAAUGCAUUUGAAUCUAAAGAUACAUCUACAGGGCAUCGACAAACUUCAAACCAGCAUAGUUUUAAUGAUACUGAAGACAAGGAAAACAUCGCUAUGCCUUCUUCAACCAGUACUCCAGAUAAUACCCAUGGAGAGGACACUUCUGGUCAGAGAAGUUUGCCAGAUGCCAGUGUGACCACCAGUAAACAACACAGUGACACAGAGGUUAGUGAUGCUGAGGUCGUGAGAAGAGCCCAGGAAGAAGGCUGUGUGAAUGUGGUUUUCCCUGGCACUGUAACUCAGGAAGGCUGCUGCCGCUUUGUCAGCGAGAUCCUCAAGUGCAUUCUCUAUCAGAGACAGCAGCUACCCAUGACUUAUGACCAGCUGGUGUAUUCCCAGAGGAAACGGCAAGCUUCAAUGCAGGAUAAAGACCUAGUGAGUCGGAGGCCAGUGCAGUCUGCAGACAUGGACUGGCGCAAGUGUCAGCAGACCCUUCAGGAGCUAGAGGAGGUACUGCAGCAACUGGAGGUGCUGUUUUCUCUUAGCAGGGUGCCCCGUGUGCUGCUGCUGAUGGGUGGGUCCCUCGUCUUACCCAAAGAGCUGUAUGAGAUCAACAUGGAAGGCCUGGUAUUGGCUGGUGGAGAUCACUGUCUACGGGUAUCAUCAUGCUUAAGGCAACUCUUCCGCACUCUUUUUGUGGCUGAUCUUUUGUCUGACAGCAGACCUGUUCAUUUAAUGCCCACCACUGUCUUAGUGCAGGCUCACAGGGAUUGCGGUAUAGGCUGGUUCCGCCCUAAACUACAAUUUAAAGUGCCAACUCGUGUAAAGAACCAAAUUAUUGCACUGUCUACUGAUUCUAACACCUGUAAGGAACUAAGGGCAAAGGGGUCAGACUGGCAGGAUUAUGUGUGGUUUCAGGCACCCAUGACUAUCAAGGGCUUCAGAAACUGACCCAAAAAUUUGAGUGCGUGGUCUGGCGAGUUCUUUCUGUAUACUAGAAUGAAAUUUUAAUGGUAGUUCAAGUAAAUUGAGUUGUACAUAUUUUAAUGAAUUAUGGGUUCAGUUUUUUUUCUACUUAUUAAAUUUGAUAGUGAAUUUAUUGAAAAGCGAUAUGAUGUACUCUCCUUUUUAUCAUCAUCUCAAAUACUGAAGGAAUGUGUUUUCAGGAUGUUUCGUUGGCAUAUGAUCAGAUCUGUUUAGGGAUACAGUGUUUUGUACUUAAAUGUUUUGUGUUUUGCAUAAAAUAUCACUAAACACACCACAUUGGUACAACAGGUGCAAUAUAUAUAUUUUAAUGACAAUAACUUGAAAGGAUUAAGGCAUUAUAUUGCUGUCUUCUGUCCAAUCUGUGGACACAAGUGCCAGUAUCAUCUGUGUAUGUUUACAUUUAUUAAAACAGUUUUCAAAAGUG